AUGCCUUCCCUGGGGUUCCUCAAGAAAAAGCGGACCAGAGAGGGUAACUCUGAUCCGGCCUCAAAUCCAACCAGCCCUGUCACGCCAACUUCCAGAUCAAAGUCCAUCUCCAAGGCUUUUGGCUCGUCGCUACUGCCUCGAACCUCGAGGAACUCGACCUCGGUGCCAGCUGCCCAGACCAACACCAGCGCCCAGCAGCCGCAACACCAACCUCAACAACAGCCCGACGCCCAGGCAGGCACCGCGCCUCAGUCCAAUCCGCCUUCUGCUCCGGCGCAGCAGACGGCGGCAGUCAGCGACGCCGAGCGACAGCAGACGAUGAACUCGGUCAACGUUCAGCAGCCCCCGUACGUCACGGGCAAUGCGAUGCACCACGACCCGCAGAACCUACCAAGCAUCACUAACCUCAUCAAUCCGCCUCAGCAGCAUCAACACGAUGCCCAGGGCAACUCCUAUGCCAACAACGGCCAGCCCAAUUCGCAAUACCUAUCAACUAUAGAAGCUCGAUCCGCGCAGACGGUCAGCCCCGGCACCGAUCCCGCAGUCCUUCAUCAACAACAGCAGCAGGCCAUGCCUCAGCCGACGAUGCAACCGCAACAGCAGCAAGCUCAGCCCCAACAGCAGCAGCAGCAACAGGCGCAACCGCAACAGCACCAGGCGAACCAUCAGCAGCAGCCCAGCAACGGAUCACAGAUGCGCGUCACCAAGGGCAAGUACUCGUUGGGUGAUUUCGAUAUCUUGAGGACACUUGGAACUGGUAGCUUCGGCCGAGUCCAUCUGGUCCAAUCGAAGCACAACCAACGUUUCUAUGCAGUCAAGGUGCUCAAGAAGGCCCAAGUCGUCAAGAUGAAGCAGGUCGAGCACACCAACGACGAGCGACGAAUGCUGGCAGAUGUCAAGCAUCCCUUCCUCAUCACUCUGUGGGGCACGUUCCAAGACAUCAAGAACUUAUACAUGGUGAUGGAUUUUGUUGAAGGAGGCGAGCUCUUUUCGCUCCUCAGGAAGUCGGGGCGUUUCCCGAACCCAGUUGCCAAGUUCUACGCCGCCGAGGUGACGCUAGCGUUGGAGUACCUGCACUCCAAGAACGUCAUCUACCGAGACCUGAAACCAGAAAAUCUGCUCCUUGACCGACACGGCCACCUCAAGAUUACAGAUUUCGGCUUUGCGAAGCGAGUGCCCGACAAGACAUGGACGCUGUGUGGCACGCCCGACUACCUGGCCCCCGAAGUCGUCUCUAACAAGGGAUACAACAAGUCUGUGGAUUGGUGGUCAUUGGGCAUCCUGAUAUAUGAAAUGCUCUGCGGAUACACGCCCUUCUGGGACAGUGGAUCUCCGAUGAAGAUCUACGAAAACAUUCUCAAGGGCAAGGUCAAGUAUCCAGCGUACGUCAAUGCAGAUGCCCAGAAUCUCCUGGAGCGCCUGAUCACGGCCGAUUUGACAAAGCGAUUGGGCAACCUGUACGGCGGACCUGCCGAUGUGAAGAAUCACCCCUGGUUCGCCGAAGUUACUUGGGAUCGCCUGGCUAGAAAGGAUAUCGAUGCGCCAUACACGCCGCCAGUCAAGGCUGGUGCGGGUGACGCUAGCCAGUUUGACCGAUACCCUGAAGACCCAGAGAAAUAUGGCCAGACAGGAGGAACAGAUGAAUUUGGACACCUCUUUACGGAGUUUUAA